AUAGAUACAUAUAUUACCAAUAUUUUGGAAAUAUCUCCCAAACCUCCAACCUGGUAGCCAUGAUCUCAUCUGAAAAACUGAUUCUAGAAUGUCAGGACAGUUGGAUUCGUAAAUACAUUCUAGAAUGUCAGACAUUCUAGAUGAAGUUAGUUGGCGGAUGGGUGGGUGGGUGGAUGUCACUAAUUAAUCAUUAAUCAAACAACAAUUCUGUUUAUAAAAUGCGUCGCCAUUAGCCAUGUUCAUUAAUCGUAUUUCAUUGUUUCCAAACACGACACUUUCAUUGUUUCCAAACACUACACUUUCAUUGUUUCCAAACACUACACUUUCGUUGUUUCCAAACACUACACUUUCAUUGUUUCCAAACACUACACUUUCGUUGUUUCCAAACACUACACUUUCAUUGUUUCCAAACACUACACUUUCGUUGUUUCCAAACACUACACUUUCAUUGUUUCCAAACACUACACUUUCGUUGUUUCCAAACACUACACUUUCAUUGUUUCCAAACACUACACUUUCGUUGUUUCCAAACACUACACUUUCAUUGUUUCCAAACACUACACUUUCGUUGUUUCCAAACACUACACUUUCAUUGUUUCCAAACACUACACUUUCGUUGUUUCCAAACACUACACUUUCAUUGUUUCCAAACACUACACUUUCGUUGUUUCCAAACACUACACUUUCAUUGUUUCCAAACACUACACUUUCAUUGUUUCCAAACACUACACUUUCAUUGUUUCCAAACACUACACUUUCGUUGUUUCCAAACACUACACUUUCAUUGUUUCCAAACACACACACUACAAACCAUGACCAAAUCCUCUGUUUCCCUUCUGGGUUUUGUCUUUCUCCUUCUCAAUGCAGGAGGGAAUGCUAAUGGAGCAACUUGGUGUGUUGCCAAGCCUUCAGCAAGUGAAUGUGUCCUCCAGCUGAACAUUGAAUAUGCUUGCAACAUGUUGCCUAGUUGCAAGAUGAUUCAAUCAUGUGGGGCGUGUUUCUACCCAGACACACCGAUGAAUCAUGCAUCUGCCAUCAUGAACCACUACUAUGCAACCAAUGGAAGAAACCUUUGGAACUGCAACUUCUCAGACUCUGCUCUCAUUGCUGUCACUGAUCCAAGUUAUGGGAGCUGCAACUAUGUAUAACAAAUGAUAGAUACAUAUAUUACCAAUAUUUUGGAAAUAUCUCCCAAACCUCCAACCUGGUAGCCAUGAUCUCAUCUGAGAAACUGAUUCUAGAAUGUCAGGACAGUUGGAUUCGUAAAUACAUUCUAGAAUGUCAGGACAGUUGGAUUCGUAAAUACAUUCUAGAAUGUCAGACAUUCUAGAUGAAGUUAGUUGGCGGAUGGGUGGGUGAGUGGAUGUCACUAAUUAAUCAUUAAUGAAACAACAAUUCUGUUUAUAAAAUGCGUCGCCAUUAGCCAUGUUCAUUAAUCGUAUUUCAUUGUUUCCAAACACGACACUUUCAUUGUUUCCAAACACUACACUUUCAUUGUUUCCAAACACUACACUUUCAUUGUUUCCAAACACUACACUUUCAUUGUUUCCAAACACUACACUUUCAUUGUUUCCAAACACUACACUUUCAUUGUUUCCAAACACUACACUUUCAUUGUUUCCAAACACUACACUUUCGUUGUUUCCAAACACUACACUUUCAUUGUUUCCAAACACACACACUACAAACCAUGACCAAAUCCUCUGUUUCCCUUAUGGUUUUUGUCAUUCUCCUUCUCAAUGCAGGAGGGAAUGCUAAUGGAGCAACUUGGUGUGUUGCCAAGCCUUCAGCAAGUGAACGUGUCCUCCAGCUGAACAUUGAAUAUGCUUGCAACAUGUUGCCUAGUUGCAAGAUGAUUCAAUCAGGUGGGGCGUGUUUCUACCCGGACACACCGAUGAAUCAUGCAUCUGCCAUCAUGAACCACUACUAUGCAACCAAUGGAAGAAACCUUUGGAACUGCAACUUCUCAGACUCUGCUCUCAUUGCUGUCACUGAUCCAAGUUAUGGGAGCUGCAACUAUGUAUAACAAAUAAUAGAUACAUAUAUUACCAAUAUUUUGGAAAUAUCUCCCAAACCUCCAACCUGGUAGCCAUGAUCUCAUCUGAGAAACUGAUUCUAGAAUGUCAGGACAGUUGGAUUCGUAAAUACAUUCUAGAAUGUCAGGACAGUUGGAUUCGUAAAU